GGCUUCAGACGCUUCUGGGUCGCGGUAGGGAAGCGCUCUGCUCUGGCUGUGCGUGAGAGGGGGAGAGCCCAGCGCCACAGCGACCCGGAGAGGGAUGGCGGCCACCGGGACCGCGGCCGCUGCGGCCACCGGCAAGCUUCUCGUCCUGUUGCUGCUCGGGCUCACGGCGCCCGCUGCGGCUCUGGCUGGCUACAUCGAGGCUCUUGCAGCCAAUGCUGGAACAGGCUUUGCUGUUGCUGAACCUCAGAUUGCGAUGUUCUGUGGGAAACUGAAUAUGCAUGUGAACAUUCAGACUGGCAAAUGGGAGCCGGACCCAACAGGCACCAGGAGCUGCCUUGGAACAAAGGAGGAGGUUCUUCAGUACUGCCAGGAGAUAUAUCCAGAGCUGCAGAUCACAAAUGUGAUGGAAGCAAACCAGCCAGUCAGUAUUGAUAGUUGGUGCCGAAGGGACAAAAGGCAGUGCAAGAGUCACAUUGUUAUACCAUUCAAGUGUCUUGUUCCCCCGACUCCCCUGCCAACCAAUGAUGUUGAUGUGUAUUUUGAGACCUCAGCUGAUGAUAAUGAGCACGCCCGCUUCCAGAAGGCUAAGGAACAGCUGGAAAUUCGACAUCGAAACCGAAUGGAUAGGGUAAAGAAGGAAUGGGAAGAAGCAGAACUUCAAGCCAAGAACCUCCCCAAGACAGAAAGACAGACCCUCAUUCAGCAUUUCCAAGCUAUGGUUAAAGCUUUAGAGAAGGAGGCAGCCAGUGAGAAGCAGCAGCUUGUGGAAACCCACCUGGCCCGAGUAGAAGCCAUGCUGAAUGACCGCCGGCGCAUAGCUCUGGAAAAUUACCUGGCUGCCCUACAGUCUGACCCUCCUCGGCCACAUCGCAUUCUUCAAGCUCUUCGUCGUUAUGUCCGUGCUGAGAACAAAGAUCGCCUGCAUACCAUUCGUCAUUACCAACACGUGUUGGCUGUUGACCCAGAAAAGGCCGCCCAGAUGAAAUCCCAGGUGAUGACACACCUCCAUGUGAUUGAAGAAAGAAGGAACCAAAGUCUUUCUCUUCUGUACAAAGUUCCUUAUGUUGCUCAAGAAAUUCAAGAGGAAAUUGAUGAGCUCCUUCAGGAACAGCGAGCAGAUAUGGACCAAUUUACCUCCUCCAUCUCAGAGAGCCCUGUGGAUGUCCGGGUGAGCUCUGAGGAGAGUGAGGAGAUCCCGCCGUUCCACCCUAUCCAUCCCUUCCCAUCCUUGUCUGAGAAUGAAGGCUCUGGAAUGGCAGAACAAGACGGGGGACUGAUUGGUGCAGAAGAAAAAGUGAUUAACAGUAAGAAUAAAAUGGAUGAAAAUAUGGUCAUUGACGAGACUCUGGAUGUUAAGGAAAUGAUUUUCAAUGCCGAGAGAGUUGGGGGCCUUGAGGAAGAGCCGGAAUCGGUGGGACCUUUAAGGGAGGACUUCAGUUUGAGCAGCAAUGCCCUUAUUGGCUUGCUGGUUAUCGCCGUGGCCAUUGCUACGGUCAUCGUUAUCAGCCUGGUGAUGCUGAGGAAGAGGCAGUACGGCACCAUCAGCCAUGGGAUUGUGGAGGUUGACCCAAUGCUCACCCCAGAAGAGCGUCACCUGAACAAGAUGCAGAACCAUGGUUAUGAAAACCCAACCUACAAAUACCUGGAGCAGAUGCAGAUUUAAGGACAGCGUGUGCGACACCCUGGCUGAGGCCGCUGCAGGUGGGCUGGAAGAGAGGGGCUCAGCGUGUGUGCUUGACUGCUGACCACCAGUGGUGCCAGAAGGCCUCAUCCUACAUCCUGCUCUCCUGGAUUGUUAAGACUAUAAAGUACUACUGUAGGAUUGCAAUUUCCAUUCUUUUAAAUGGGUUAAAAAGAUGUUAAUAUAACAAUAUAUGAUAUAUAAACCUUAAGUGAAAUGAAAAAAAAAAGAUCUAUUGCAGAUAUCUGAUGGAUGUAGUUUUCUUUUUUUAAAUUAGAAAUGCCACUUCUAUUGUAUUGUCAACACACAUGCUCUAUAUAAAUGGGAAAUGUUGAUUUUUUUGAUGAUAGACUAUAUACACAGACUGUUCCCGUUAUGUAAGUCAGUUCUUCAGGCUCAUUUGCUGUGCUGGUUUUAUUAUUAUUUGUUUUCAAUGUAUAAAGGCAGUAUUUCCCCUUUCAGGUUGCUGAGAAAUGUAAGUGGAACUGAAGUACAUUGUAUACAGUUACUGACUGCUUUGGGUGCUUCUGUACCAGCCGUCAUCACGCAGGGCUACAGCACCUUGAUCUAGCCGGAUGCAAACAUAGAUUCUCUGUGCUUUCCUUCAAAUCCAGUUCUUCCACAGCAACUAGCCCAUAGUCAGUCUGUGUUCUGCCACAGUUGUUUACGGUAGCUUUUUCCUAUCCACUUUCCUUACCAAGUGUAUCCAAGCGUGCACCCACCUCCUCAUUGGAUGUCUCCCUCCCAUGCACUGACCCUCUGCCUGCCUUUGUACCUCACUCACCUCCACCGCUCUCCAGCCCCUUUGAUGGGAGCUCAGAGAAUACCAUAAUAAACAUGGCUGAGGACUCAGGAGAGUUCAUGGGAGGCUUGAUUAUCUGAAAGGACAAUGCUCUAGGUUGUACAUGAAGUUGGAUCUGUAGACACUGUGGAAACCUCUGAAAGCUUUUGUUUCCUUCAUAUGACCCUGUAAUGUUGUGUAGCUGAAGCUCACGCUCACAGCCUUUAGUGUUUUGUUUUCAUCUGAAGGUUCUGGUAACCUGUUUUUGUUUGUUUGUUUAUUUGUUUUGGUUUGGUUUUUUGUACUUUCCUGUAAUUUACCUGCCCUUCCUUCCCCCCUUGGCCCUAGCCAUGCCUCAUCCCACUAUGCACAGAUUGAAACUUCACCUACAAACUUCUUAGUAUGAUCUGUGGAGAAUGUACAGAACUUAACUACAUCAAUAAACACUUUAACGUCCCCUGAG